AUGGUAAAGGAGUGCAGCAACGCACCACCUCGGGUGUUCCCAGUCGCCGGCUCCAGGCGCGGCCAUCGCGGUGAGGUCGUGGUUAGGGAGAUCGUGCGCGAGACCACAAUCAGCGGUAGUGUGCCCAUCACCUUCCCGAUGCUCACGCGCUCAAACUACAGUGAGUGGGCGUUGAUCAUGGAGUGCAACCUUCAUGCGGCGAGCCUUUGGGCUCCCAUGGAGGAUGACCUGAUCGAGAGAAAGGAGGACAGGAAAGCCGUGGCAGCCCUCAUGUGCGCCAUGCCACCGGAGAUGCACGGCAUGCUCGCGGCGAAGGCAAGCGCCAAGGAGGCGUGGGAAGCCAUCCGUACCCAGCGCCUCGGCAGCAACCGCGUGCGCGAGGCGAACGCGCAGAAGUUGCGGGCGGACUUCGAGAACAUCGCCUUCAAGGAGGGCGAGCUCGUCGACGAAUUCGCCAUGCGGAUCUCCAGCCUUGCGUCACAGCUCCGCGCGCUCAGUGACACCAUGGACGACGCGAGAGUCGUGCGGAAAUUUCUCCGCGUCGUGCCAUCUCGCUUCGCUCAGGUAGCGGUAUCCAUCGAGACCUUGCUUGAUCUGAGUGAGCUCUCCGUCGAGGAGCUCACGGGCCGGUUGCGGGUGGUCGAGGACCGUCUUGACGACGACCGCGAGAGCUUCAGCGGCGGACAACUCCUAUUCUCAAAGAAGUGGGAGGCGAGGAAGCGUCAAGGACGUGGUGGCGGUGCCCAGAGCGGCAGAGACGGCGGUCGCACCCAGGGUGGAGCCGGACGAGGUGGCGGCAACGACGACCGAGACAAGUGCCGAUAUUGCGGCAUCAAGCGCCACUGGGCCCGUGAGUGCCGCAAGAGGAUGGCUGACGAGGAUGCCGCGGCCGCGGCGAACCUCGUCGAGGCUGAAGAGGACGGUGGGCCAGCAAUGAUGAUGGCUUGCGUCCAGACCAUGCUAGAGGGCAUAGCGCCUCCGAAGACCAUGGUCCCGACAAGCAUCGAAGCUGUGCAGGAGGGCGCAGCACCUCCGGAGACCACGGUGCCGGCAAUCGUUAAGUCCGUGUGGGAGGCACGGAGCUCUUCAACUAAUCCCCUCCCCACAUCAUUAGCGCUCUCCCCGACAACAACAUUCUCGGGAGACUACGAUUGGGAGGAGAUGAAGACCCGGAUGUGGGGGAGCCACACCCCGGAAACCACGUCCCCUGCGACGCUGGUCAAGCCCGUGCAAGUUGGCACGGCAAAGGCGUACCCGACAUCCUCGGGACCCAAUAAGCCCGUGUCAGGAGGCACGGCAACGACAUAUAUGGUGGGCCACGCCCCAACCAUGAUGCUGGUGACCAGUGAGACCGUGCAAGAGGCACGACAUUCUCAGGUCGGCCACACCCCGACAACCAGGUUCUCGGGGUUCUGCAAGCCCGUGUGGGCAACGCGGCACUCUUCGACAAGCCUCAACUGGGAGGCAAUGAAGAGACGGUCAUGGGGCAGCAAGGCCUCGACCGAGACUAUGGCGACCUUAGAGUCCGUGCAGGAGGCACAACACUCUCUGGUUGGCUAUGCCGCGACCCCGACGCACUCGGAGUCCAUCGAGUCCGUGCGGGACGCACCGGACUCUGUAGUUGGGCACGACCCGACUACGCUGGUGGCGACCGUCGAGACCGUGCAGGAGGCACGGUGCUCUAUGGUCGGCCACGCCGCAACCCCGACGCACUCGGGGUCCAUCGAGUCCGUGCGGGAGGCACGACUCACGAUUGUCAAGGGAGACCCGACAAGCAAGCCUGAUGGGAAGAGCACCAAGGACUCCACUACCCUGAGAGGAGCCACUCCGGUCAGUCUGGCGUCUGGCACAACGACCCCGGGAAGGGAGUUUCCGGGCAGUGCGGCGUCCGGCACGACGACCCCAGGAAGGGAGUUCCUGGGUAGUGCUACGUCCAACAAGUCAUCCCCGGGAAGGGAGUUCCUGGGUAGCAUGACGUCCAACACGACGACCCCGGGAAAGGAGUUCCUGGGUAGUGUGACAUCAGGAACUACGAUCCCAGGAACACUGACGCCCUCGAGCGAGGUGGUUCCCGGGCAGUUCAUGUCCCCGCCAACAGCGCGGUCGGACUUGUUUGAUGCCAACAAAAAAUGGUGGCGAUCCACACAGGUUCCGAAGACUAGAGGAACCUUCUCGAGCCUGCCAGACGAUCGCAGCACCCGAGAUCAAGAAGCGCGAGCAGGGUGUACGGGCCAUACAUAG